AUUUCGUUUGUUUUUCUUUGCCUAUCGCCGCCUGUGGCCUAUGAAGCUCGGCUCUGAAGGAGCGCGGCCUCGAGGGGAUUGAAGGAUGGUGGCCAGGGCGAAGGCAAAGGCGAAGACCUCAGCGAGCAACGGCGCCCGAGUGCGCACAGCGAAGCCGAGAACAUCGGCUCUGGAGGUCGGGGACUCCGUGCGCCUCGUGGGGCUCGAGGCCUUCGCCGCGCUCAACGGGCGCCGGGGGAAGGUCGUGUCCUUCGACGGAGCGCGGCAGCGGUGGCAGGUGGCUCUCGAGGACGGGGUGAAGAACGUAUUGGCCUCCAACCUGCGCAAGGAGCCUGAGUCCGAGAAGCCCCAAGCUACGCCGCAACGCAUGCGCCAAGUGGGCAAGCGACCUCCGAUGGAGGAUUCUUCGCCAAAGCGCAGGCGCUUGGUCGAGGAAAGUGAUGCUCAGUCGGCCAGGCCCUCCGGCGAUGCGGGAGCAGCAUCUCAGGCGAAGCCUCAGGUGAAGCCGAAGGAGCCCAAGAGGCCAAAACCGCCGAAGGCUCCGAAGCCGCCGAAAGCGGCGGCGCAGACAGGAAAAGCGCAGAGUUUGGACGAGGACGACGACGACGAGCUCUUCGACGUCGAGGAGUUGGAGGGUGAAGAGGAGGUCUCUGACUCCUCCGAGGAAGAAGACGCCGCCGAUGAAGAUGACGAGGAGGAGUUUGCCUGGGAACCCGUGGGAGCUCUACAGAUGCCUCAGGUGUGGUCCGGUGCGCACAAGCCCGGAGAGAAGGCCUUCGCAGCCUAUGCCUCCAGAUGCCUGGCCAAGGCGGGGCUGGGAACUGCGGACAGCCCCUUCGCCGGCUUGAAGAUGCGGCUCCACCAGGAGUCUGCGUCCUUCCUGCUGCACCCGGAGAGCCCCGUCACCCGGCUGCUGGUGGACCACGCCACCGGCACUGGCAAGACUCUCAUCAUGCUCCGAAUCCUCGACAACUACUUCGACGAUGCCAGGCCGAAGGUUGUGAUCUUCCCGAAAGACUCGGUGUGUGACAACUUCUACCAGGAACUCUUGAAGUGGCCCACGCGCUGGCGCCACUUCUUUUGCUUCCUGCGACCGGCGGAGGCGUCCCUGGCCAGCGGCGCAAAGGACUGGCGCCGGAAGAGGUUCGAGGUCUGGGACCUCAACAAUGACCGAUCUCGAGCAGAGGCGAAGUCGCGGGGCGCGCGCUUGGAGAAGGUCAUCGCUGAGCUCACGGAGAGCAUCCGAGAGGCCUUGGAGAUGAAGCACGCCAUUUGCGGCGGCAAGGUGAAAGCCAAGGUGGCCAGGGACUUCCUGGAGGCGCACCCGGACGCCCCCAUGCCCCGUGCGCCACUGCGCGCCUUCCGCUACACCACGGCGGGAGGGGGCGCCGCGGCGCUCGGCAGGGAUGGGUGGCCCAAGAGCCCCAUCCUGAAGAUGGGCUUCGACGUGGCGGAGCUCAACCCCUAUUCUGGCAAGGUCGUGAUCAUGGACGAAUGCCAUAACCUCGUCAGACCCAACCAGAUGUACGAGGACCAGCUCGGACAUCUCCGAAAUCUUCUGCACGAUGCGACUCGGACCGUCCUGGCCGGAUUCACCGGGACGCCGGUGGGCAACGAUGCGGCAGAAGGCAGGGCGCUUCUUGACAUCAUCAAGGCGCCGAUGAGGUGCUUUCCCCUGGGUCUGCUCUUGGGGCUGUGGCUGGGGAAGCACUGCGACGCGGGGGACGAGGGCUUCAUCUCGUGCUUCCACGCCCGGGCGAAUGAGGACUUCCCCAGGGAGGUGCCGGUGCAGGGAAUCCCGGAUGGUGUGCUGCACGACGAGAUGUUGCCGGAUCUGGUGAGGAUGCACUCUCUUCAUGGAGAGGCUCUGAAGCGAUAUCUGCUCAAGGAGGUGGAGUUUAUGAUCACUCCAAGACUCACUCGUCUGCCUGAGGAGAAACGGCUCGCGAGAUUGUCGAACUACUGCAACCUCCACGUCUUCCACGGUUCCUACACCGGCGCAAAGCGCACGGCAUUGCUGUCGAAUGUGAAGGAUCACGCCCCCAAGUUCCACGGUGUGGCCAAAGCGAUCGCCAAGAGGGCCGAGAAGGCCGUGGUGAUGUUGUCCCGGCAGACGGGGUACAAGACCUUGCUGGAGAUCCUCCAGAAGACCGGGAAGAAGCGAGGCUUCAAAGUGGCGACCUUGAAGGAGCUGAGCGACUUCAACGACGGGCGGCGGAACCUCCGCGGGGAGCGCUUCCGCGUCCUGGUGGCGGAGAGCUCCGAGGCAGGCGAGGGCAUUCAGUUCAAGCACGUCCGGCGGCUUCACUUGGUGGAGGUGCCAGCGAGGCACUCGGAGCUGGUGCAGCGCGCCUCGCGCUGCGUGCGGCUGGGCGGCCACGAGGGCCUCCCGCCGGAAGAAAGAGAAUUGGCCAUCGAGCUGCACCUCACGCAGCUGCCGGCCUUCCUCCGGAAGGGUCCCAGCUCCUUCAUCUACCGCGAGCUUCUCAAUGCCAAGGAGGUGAUGUCUAUCCCAGGCGCCAAGCUGGAGGAAGCAACAGGUGCAUGCAUGAAAGAGCUCAAGAAGCGUGGCGUGAAAGACUUGGUGGAUUUCCGGAGAGUUCUCCAGGCUGAAGAUGGGGUCAAGCUCAUCGAUCUUCUGACGGAGACGGUGCUGGAGAUCCUGGGGAACACCAAUGCUGCCCCUGCGCGGCCUCUGGCGGUCUCUAUGUGGCACCUCCGAAAGCGAGACGACGAUUUGGUCGCGCUGGAGCGAAACCUGUUGAAGCAGGCGACGGUGAAGACUGCUGACCACCUGCUCUUGGAGCGGCUCCUAGACAAGAGCGCGGAGCUGCUGGCUCCGCUGGAGGCCAUGCGCCUCCAAGCAGUGGACAGGGCUCUGCUGGCGCCGCUGGGGGACCCUCCCAAGGCUCCGCCCCCGCGGAACGCCAACUCCGAGGUGUUGAAACUGGAGGAGGAAGAAGAGGCCAAGGAGGAUGAGGACGACGUGGGCGAUCUCGCAGAGGACUUGGCCGUGCCAGAGGUCGCGCAGGCGCCCGAGACGGCGUUGAAGACCUGAGGACCUUUCCGCCUGCCAUGGGUAGCUUUGGCCACGGGGUUCGAGUCAAAGCGAAAAGGUGAGCUGGGGCGUGCCCAAAGG